UGGGUUAAAUUUUGAGAUUCGAUUAGAUUCGUGGAACAUGGUUGUCUGCUAUCAUUGUGUUUGAGGGAUUUUUAAGACUGCAAAUAAAACGUUAUCAUCUUUCUGUUAAUGUUUAUUUGGUUUUGAAGGGCAGAAUGCUGUCAUCAGAUGGGGUGAGAAUCACCGAUCUACGAUCUUUCAGCGAUGUUCUCCAAGAUGAAGAGAGGAUUAAGAAAAUGACGGGAAUUGAUCUUUCUGAAAAUUUUGAACUGGAAGGACAUCAUCUCAUCUUAAUGGAGAGAUGUUUAAGGUUUUCAUUAAUUCGAAGCUUGCUAAUCACUGGCAAUGCCAUUGUGGUAGAAGUAGAGACUGAUUAACAAUCAUAAAAUGCCAUUCUCUACAUAUCUUCAAGUAUUGCAGAUCUGUAUUCUCAAGAAAUCGAUUUCACAAGGUAAAAAUGUACACUCUUUCAUCGCUCACAGGCAUUUUGCAUUUGCUUCUCGCGCAACUUUUCAUAAUAAGCUUAUUCACAUGUAUGUCAAGUGUGGAAGUUUGGUUGAUGCCCGUAAACUGUUUGACCACAUGGAGGAACGAGACGCCGUCUCAUGGAAUACGAUUAUUUCAGCGUACAGAAGACAUGGGUAUCCUCACGAGGCAGUCACACUGUUCCACCGUAUGCAACAAGCAGGUCUCCAACCCGAUCAGUUUACAUUUGCCAGUGUACUCACAGCCUGUACCAAAAUGGGAGCUCUGGAACAGGGUAUAAACAUCCAUAAAAGCAUAAAGGAUCAUUUAAUUUUGUCGGAUACUGUAGUUGCAACUGCCCUGCUAGGCAUGUACGCUAAAUGUGGAAGCAUAGACAAGGCACGUGAAUUGUUUGACAGAAUGCCUCAAAGAAAUGUGAUUUUGUGGACUGCAAUGAUUUCAGGAUAUGCACAAAAUGGACUUUUUGAAAAGGCGUUAGAAACAUUCAAUCAAAUGCAAUUGGAAGGUGUAAAUCCAGAUACUACAACUUUUGCCAGCAUCCUUCCUGUCUGUGCCAAAAUGGGAGCCUUAGAACAGGGUAUAGACAUCCAUCAAAGCAUAAAGGAUAGAGGAAUUUUGUCAGAUGUUGUAGUUGCAACUGCCCUCGUAGAUAUGUAUGCAAAAUGUGGAAGGAUAGACAAGGCACGUGAAUUGUUUGACAAAAUGCCUCAAAGAAAUGUUGUCUCAUGGAAUGCCAUGAUUGCAGGAUAUGCACAUUGUGGAUUGGUUGAUAAGGCUUUAGAAACUUUCAAACUAAUGCAGUUGGCAUGUGUAAAGCCAGACUCUGCAACCUUUGCCAGCAUCCUCCCUGUCUGUGCCAAAAUGGGAGCUUUGGAACAGGGCAUGGACAUCCAUCAAAGCAUAAAGGAUAGAGGAAUGUUAACGGAUGUUGUAGUUGUGACUGCCCUGGUAGACAUGUAUGCCAAAUGUGGAAAUAUAGAUAAAGCACAUGAACUGUUUGACGGAAUGCCUCAAAGAAGUGUGAUCUCAUGGAAUGCCAUGAUAUCAGGGUAUAAUAAAUGUGGAAGCAUAGACAAGGCACGUGAACUUUUUGACAGAAUGCCUCAAAGAAAUACAUUCUCAUGGAAUGCCAUGAUUGCUGGAUAUGCACAAAAUGGAUUUGUUGAAAAAGCUUUGGAAACUUUCAAUCAAAUGCAAUUGGCAGGUGUAAAGCCAGACUCUGCAACUUUUGCCAGCAUCCUCCCUGCCUGUGCCAAAAUGGGAGCCCUGGAACAGGGUAUAGACCUCCAUCAAAGCAUAAGGGAUAGAGGAAUUUCAUCAGAUGUUGUAGUUGCAACUGCCCUCGUAAACAUGUAUGCAAAAUGUGGAAGCAUAGAAAAGGCACGUGAACUGUUUGACAAAAUGCCUCAAAGAAAUAUUGUCUCUUGGAAUGCCAUGAUUGCAGGAUAUGCACAAAAUGGAUUUGUUAAAAAUGCUCUCGAAACUUUCAACCAAAUGCAAUUGGCAGGGGUAAAGCCAGACUCUGUAACGUUUACCAGCAUCCUCCCUGCCUGUGCCAAGAUGGGAACUUUGGAACGGGGAAUGGACAUCCAUCAAAGCAUAAAGGAUAGAGGAAUUUUGUCAGAUGUUGUAGUUGCAACUGCCUUGGUAGACAUGUAUGCAAAAUGUGGAAGCAUAGAAAAGGCACGUGAACUGUUUGACAAAAUGCCUCAAAGAAAUGUGGUCUCAUGGAAUGCAAUGAUUGCAGGAUAUGCACAAAGUGGAUUUGUUGAAAAGGCUUUAGAAACGUUUAAGCAAAUGGAAGUGGCAGGUGUAAAGCCAGACUCUGCAACCUUUACCAGUAUCCUCCCUGCCUGUGCCAAAAUGGGAGCUUUGGAACAGGGUAUGGACAUCCAUCAAAUGAUAAAGGACGGAGGAGUUUCAUCAGAUGUUGUAGUUGCAACUACCCUUGUAAACAUGUAUGCAAAAUGCGGAAGCAUAGACAAAGCCCGUGAACUUUUUGACAGGAUGCCUCAAAGAGAUGUCAUCUCAUGGAAUGCAAUGAUUGCAGGAUAUGCACAAAAUGGAUUUUGCAAAGAUGCUCUCAAAAUCUUUGAAUUAAUGAAGCACUCUGGAACAUGUCCUGAUAUUAUAAGCUUUGCUUGUGUUUUAUGUGCAUGCAGCCAUGCAGGUUUAGUGGAUGAGGGCUGUAAAUACUUCAAUCACAUGAGUAACGCUUAUUGCAUUACCCCUACAAUUGAUCAUUAUGCAUGCAUGGUUGACCUUCUAGCCCGUGCUGGCUAUCUUGAGGGCACUCUAAAUUUUAUCAUUAAGAUGCCAGAUAAACCUGUGGUAGUUGUGUGGAUGUGUUUUCUUGGUGCCUGUAGAUCACAUUUGAAUUUAGGCUUAGGAGUAUUUACAGCAACGCUGCUUUUUGCUUUGGAUCCUAAAAAUGCUGCAACUUAUGUUCUUCUCUCAAACAUGUAUGCAGAAGUGGGCAGGUGGGGAGAGGUCCAAAUGGUAAGGAAAUUAAUGAGAGAUGAAGGAAUUAAAAAGAUCCCUGGAUGUAGUUGGAUUGAAGGCCAUCAAAUGGUACAUGCUUUUUGUGUAGGAGACAGAUCACAUCCACAGACACGGGAGAUCUAUGCAGAAUUGGAGAAAUUGGCUUGGGAGAUGAAGGCUGCAGGGUAUUUUCCAGAUUCAAGACAUUUACUUAGUGAUGUAGAAAAAGAGGAAGAAGAAUUAUUUCUUUGCCACCAUAGUGAGAAGUUGGCGAUUGCUUUUGGUUUGUUAAACACACCCCCUGGUACAACUAUUAGAGUUGUUAAGAACCUUCGGGUAUGUGCUGAUUGUCACACUGCAUCGAAAUUUAUUUCCAAGAUUGUUGCAAGAGAAAUUGUUGUGAGAGAUGUGAACCGUUUCCAUCAUUUCAAACAUGGAGAAUGUUCUUGUGGAGAUUAUUGGUGAUGUUGUUGUGAGAGAUGUGAACCGUUUCCAUCAUUUCAAACAUGGAGAAUGUUCUUGUGGAGAUUAUUGGUGAUGCCAAAUGAAGUAAUAUGAGAAAUAAUCAUACACUAUAAUAAUGUGCAUCGUGUCAGACCUGCAGUAAUAAGGAAGGGGUAAGGGUAAGGUUUUAUUUGCAGUUCUUGGAAGUUUUAGUUCUAGUUUUGGUUAAGUAUUUAGCAAUCUAGAACAUGCUGUUGGCUUCAGUAAAUUAGAUGCAUAGAACACAAUGGAAACCACUACUUAUAUACAGUGUUGGGUAUCUGUCGAAGAUCUGUUUUAUUAUAAUAUUGACAUUUCAUUGAAUUAUUUCCAUGAAAUCUUUAUAGGUGCAAAAUUUAAAGGUGGAGGAUGUGGUGGGGAAAGGGCAUACAACUAUAGGUGAGGAACACUAAAAGUAAACAGAAAGAUGUUUGACCAGCAGGUAAUGGAAAAGCAGGGCUCACAACUACCCUUACUAUUUUGUAUAGUUCUUUUGUUUGGAUUAAGGAUAUUAUUUUUCA